AUGAUGUUGAAAUGCGCCGAAGGAAUUAUACGAAAGGCCAAAGAAAAUGAACUGCCCAUUGUCAUUGAUGCUGAUGGACUGUUUCUCAUUCAAAAUAAUCCCGAUAUCAUUAAAAAUUAUUCUAAAGCGAUUCUAACACCAAAUGUGAACGAAUUCCGACGACUUUGUGAAAAAAUGAACAUUAGUUUCGAAGAUAAUCAUAAAGAUGAAAUGGCCCAGAAAUUAAGUCAAGCCUUUGGCGGAAUUACCAUUGUUCAAAAAGGCAGAAACGACUUGAUUUCAAACGGAAAUAAUGGACAAGGUGAUAUUCUUACUGGACUUAUUGCUACCUUUCUGGCAUGGGGUGACGCAUACCAAAAAAAACUCUGGCGACACGAUAACACGAUCUCAUCCUCUGAUAUCCCAAUGUUGGCCAGCUACGCUGGGUUAGAAAAUUUGGAAAUUGUUAAAUUAUACAUUAAACGGUCAUCAAUUGAGGAAUUAAGUCUCUACCUUUCGUUAUUAAAUACUUAUAUUCGAUUCUACAUCGACGUUAAGAAUGAUACCGUAGUGUCGUUUAUUUGUGAUUUCAGAUAUCUCUGGAACGCAAAACUUUUCGAACAAGGAAUAAAAUAA